UAAUGAAGAACAUGAAGCACUCUUCUUCUAUUUUUGUUUUAAAAACUAAACCGGUUUUGGGUGUGAAAUCGAACUACUGGUCUGAAAACGAAACCAGUCUAGUUUUGAAAAUAACAUUUAAUCAGGUUUCUUUUAGAAAAUUCGUGCUAUUUGUUAUACAUUAUGGUAAAAGAGUAAACAACUUUAUGUACGAGCAACACAACUUAACAAUUUAUUAACAGACUUCCAAUAGCAGCAGUUCAGAGCUGAAAAUUAAUUGAAUCCAUCCAAUUCGAUGAAAAGACCACCUCCAGGAAACGCUUACGUGCCUCCGGCACCAUCGAACCGAUUUAAUAAAAUACCCGUGUGUAAAAAGAAAAAACGAAAUCGAUAAAUUAAUAUAAAUGUGUGGAGGUGAAUGCUAAUAUAAUAACACGUUGCGAAUCGACGUACUAACAAUUUUGUCGACAGGUAAGUAGGAAUGCCGUAAACCAAUGGCGACUAAAGUUGACGAAAAGUGUUACGAUGUGGAGGAAUGAAGUGUCCCCUUCAUGUGCUAGUCUUCUGUGCUGGUGUCAUGCGGUUUUUGCCAGGUUCCUUUUGCCCUACGUGCCCGACCAUGUCGAUCCACCAGUGCCUUACGAAGAUGUGGCAUUCCAUAACGGAGCCGAUGAUCUACCCGAAGAGAUUUUUGAUCCAGAAGUGACACCAGGCCUGUUCCAAGGUGAUAUGGCAAUGAACGAAGAUAUAUACAACUACUGGAGAGUGGGAAUUCGUUUCGACACAUUCCCUGAGAAGCUGUGGAAAAAUCGCACUAUCCCCUACGUAAUCAGUCCAUUAUAUGACGGUUCAGACAGAGUUACCAUCUACAAAGCUAUCAGGACGCUGAAUUUUAUGACCUGCGUAAGGUUCGUCCCUUGGAACGGCAAAAGCAAGGAUUAUCUGUUGAUAUGGCCGAUCAAGUACCCGAAAGGAUGUUGGUCCUUUGUUGGUAGGUUCGGUGGAGCCCAAAUUGUGAGUUUGGAGCCGCCGAAUCACAGAGGUCCGAAUUGUUUAGGAUCAGAGGGCAGAGCCAUACAUGAAUUGAUGCACGCCCUGGGCAUCUUCCACGAACAGUCCAGAUGGGACCGCGAUAAAUUCGUCAAGAUACACGAAGAUAAUAUUAUACCAAGGUACAGGGGCAAUUUCGACAAACAAAGUUUAGAAAAUACUACUUACAGUUUUGAAUAUGACUAUGAUUCCAUCAUGCAUUAUGGUACUGGAUUUUUCAGCAAAGAGAAAGGUAAACCUACAAUUACUCCCAAGAUGCCAGGAGGGAAAAUUGGCCAAAGAAAAGGCAUGUCCAAGGGAGAUUGUUUGAAAGUAAACGAUCUGUACAAAUGCUUUGAUAAUCCAAAAUGGAGGCGAAAGUAUUACACUAUAUGUCAGUAUUUAGGUAUUUAGAUUGUUCCAGUGAUUGUUUCAGUGAUGUAUAAUUAUUUAUU